AUGCAAAACGACUACAAGAUGUUGAAAUAUUUGUCAUUUGGAAUCAUUCUGAUUGCCGCUGUUUCGGCCGUACGCGUAAAUUUCCCAGAAUUGGACAAUUUUAUAGAGCCUCAUGAUGCUUAUAUACCGGGAUUGUCACUACCUUACCCUUAUCAGGACAAUAGAGUACAGUUUGUGGAUUCUGAACGCUACAAUAUUAAAAGAUAUGAACCUGUAGUAGUACCGGUUCCCACGGUUCCUGCUACCGAUGUGGUAGUGCCAGUGGUUAAAUCGGGUCUUAUUUCAUCUUGUUUAUCUUUUGCUAUAUCAUUGGCGGGAGCAGUAGUCAAGUUUAUCAUCAAGAAUGCUCUAGCUCUAAUCAUCGGUACUUUCGCUGCAAUCGGUGUUUGUAAACUAACUCCAAUAUGCAAUAAACUAUCUUCCAUAAAUUCUUUUACCGACGCUUCGAGAGACUUGAGCAUUUACGCGACGCCAGAAAGAAUCGCCAGAGCUGCCGAAUUCAUCGAUCAUGCCAUUAAAAAAUACAGAUCUUAUCAAAACCAGUAAACAUAAGCGAUAUUUUUAAGAUUGUAUCUAUAUCAGUGAAUAAUAAUUUAAUUUAUUUAUAAAAUAAAGUUUUAGCUGUUA